UGAAGAGUUCAGCUCUCCCAGCUGCCAUUUACUCCCUCUCGUCCUCUUUUUUUUUUUAAAUAUAUAAAAUAAAUGCCACAAUGGGCUGUGUUCAAAGCUUCAGGGAAUUUUGUGACCGUCCAAAAAACAGCAAUGUCCGGCUCAGCCUUCCAGCAGUGUGCAUUGUAUGGCAAACGGCCAUGAUCAUCUUGUUUGGUGUCUUUAUUCGAUAUGAUGAGGAGUCUGAUACUCACUGGAUAGAGCACAGAAAAACUAAAAAUAUAUCAAGUGACAUCGAGAACGACUUCUAUUUCCGAUAUCCAAGUUUCCAGGAUGUUCAUGUGAUGAUUUUUGUGGGAUUUGGCUUCCUGAUGACGUUCCUUAAACGUUACAGCUUCGGUGCUGUGGGCUUCAACUUCUUGAUUGCAGCCUUUGGCCUCCAAUGGGCUUUGCUGAUGCAAGGCUGGUUCCACUCCCUGGACUACAGUGACGGAAAGAUCAAGAUUGGGGUUGAAAGUCUGAUCAAUGCAGAUUUCUGUGUGGCGGGCUGCUUAAUUGCCUAUGGGGCAGUGCUGGGUAAGGUCAGUCCAGUCCAGCUGAUGGUUCUCACCCUGUUUGGGAUUACCUUGUUUGCUGUGGAGGAGUAUAUCAUCCUCAGUCUCAUACAUGCCAGAGAUGCAGGAGGCUCCAUGGUGAUUCACACAUUUGGAGGUUAUUAUGGACUUGCCAUCUCGUGGAUGCUCUAUCGGCCCAAUCUGAACCAGAGCAGUCGUCUACAAGGCUCCGUCUACCACUCAGAUGUCUUUGCUAUGAUUGGGACUCUCUUCCUGUGGAUGUUCUGGCCAAGCUUCAACUCAGCCAUCACAGACCACGGGGACGGGCAGCACAGGGCAGCCAUCAACACCUACCUGGCUUUGGCCUCCACUGUGCUCACCACUGUGGCCGUCUCUAGCCUCUUCCAGAAACAUGGCAAACUAGACAUGGUUCACAUCCAGAACUCCACUCUGGCUGGAGGUGUUGCGGUGGGAACUGCAGCAGAGUUCAUGCUGAUGCCAUAUGGCUCUCUGAUUGUAGGGUUCUGCUGCGGUAUUGUGUCCACGCUGGGCUAUAUCUACCUCACACCAUUCAUGGAGAAGUACAUGAAGAUCCAGGACACUUGUGGCAUCCACAACCUCCAUGCAAUGCCUGGAGUCAUAGGUGGCAUCGUGGGAGCCAUCACGGCCGCAGCUGCCUCUGAAUCAGUUUAUGGCCGGGAGGGGCUAAUCAACACCUAUGACUUUGAGGGUGACUUCAAAGACAUGGUACCCACUCGUCAGGGUGGGCACCAGGCUGCUGGCAUCUGUGUGGCUAUCUGCUUUGGUGUAGGCGGAGGCAUCUUUGUCGGUUGUAUCCUAAGAUUGCCUAUCUGGGGAGAUGUUGCUGAUGACAAUUGCUUUGAUGAUGAGCCCUACUGGGAGCUACCUGAGGAUGAAGAGAGCAUUCCACCUAUCCUGGAGUAUAAUAACCACAUGAGGAAUAAAGACAUUGUGGAGUCAAACUUCACAGUGGAGCAGAAUUGAUGCUGGAGCUCCUGAUCCUGAUGGCUCUCCUUCUUUAAUCCCAAGGCCCACCUGUUCUCUAUUUCAUCCUGCUGGACAGAAACAAAUCAGAAUAGCUGCUAUUCAUGCACUAAAAUAAAUAUCUCUGUUUGGUCUAGUAUUGAAUGUUAAAAAUAUAUAUAUUUUUUCUUAACCCAGGUAAAAGAAUAUGACAAUGUAAUGAGAUAAUUUCCAUAUUUCUGCUGUAAUUUAGCUUUUUUUGAGGCUUAGCUUGUGUAUGAUGUGAUACGACAGAUAUUUUUGCAGUGUAGAAUCACAGCUAUUUUAUACUCCUUAGUAAUAAAGGCCAAUUUCAAAUGUUUUGCCAGGACAGUCAGUGUGACUUUAACUCACCAGAAUUAAAACAAAUGACUGUGGCAUUUAGGAACAUAAAGGGAACAUAUAGUAAUGAUUGUUGUAAUUCUCAGAAAGGUGAACAGGAUUCUUUUCAGUGGUUGUCACACAAAAUAUUUAAAUCAUGGUUGUGUAUUACACAGGCUUUAGACUCACUUGUGUUCAUUUCAUUUCAGCUUGUUCAGAUGGAGCUUUCAUUUGUCAUCUUUUAAUAGCGUAAUUUGUGUCUGUCAAAUAACUGUAUGUGUAUGUGUGUGUGUGUGUGUGUGUGUGUGUGUGUGUGUGUUUGUGUGUGUGUGUGUGUGUGUGUGUGUGUGUGUGUAAAGUAAUAAAAAAAAAUCUGUAAGAUCUAGGCAAGUAUGAUAAUGUGUUGACUUCAUUUGUGAUAUGUAUGUUUGCAUAGUUUUAUUUGAUUUAUCAUUUUUUUUCCUGUAUCACAAAACUUUCAGGGAAAAACAGCUUCGGUGAAUGAAGUGCAUGAUUUGUGUGUCUUUGUGGAAAAACAUGGUUAAAUUUUACGCUAAGAUGUAAUUACAGCCAUCUUACAGAAUCUGUGGGAAAAAAGUCUCUAAUGUUUGUGCGUUGUUAUGUUAUGCAAUAAUUUUUUUUUUUCCGCUACAACAUUAUUAAUUUGAAACUAUGGAUGUUUGUGCAUUUCCAGUUAAAUGGUUUCAUGCUAUUCUUUUGAAAAGUGAUUUUGUUAAGUUAAUUAAUAAUGUGGCAAAUGUGAAAAUA